AUGGAAUUUGGUGAAGGGCCUCCUCCAUUCGAUGACGAGUGCUGCCCAAGUGUUCUCGGCAAGAAAUUGUGGACUCUGAUCGAGACUGAGAAGAUUAAUUAUGCGGAAGAUUAUCAUGGAUGGUGUCAUAAAUUCAGAAGUGAAAUGGAGACGAUAGAAACAUUCGCUAAAACGAAAGAUGAAGCAGCAAGAAAAUGGAUGGAAGAUACUGAUUUCGCGAUUCGAAUGCUUCGAUGUGUCAAGAUUGAUGAGCUCUCUGCAUUCUAUAUGGAGCAACUUGCGGCACAAGGACUAUAUAUGGAAAAACUAGACAAACGAAGAAAAUGUUUAGCUGAUUACAUUGACAAAUUCACGAUAUUAAUGGCUGAGGAAACUCGGAAUAAGAAAACCGACGAGAAACCGAAAAAACAAACCAAUAAGCAAAAACAUGGAAAUAAGAAUUCCAAGAAAUCCAACAGAAAGAAGUGCUAUAGAUGA